GGCUGUUCCUGUCUGGCCGCCUAUGGCCGGCCCCUUUUGCGCCUGCGCACUCCCCGCAUUCCAGCAUGGCGCUGCAGUCCGGCAGUGGAGGAGCUGUGCACUGAGAUUGCAGCGGCACCGGGGACAGCAUUGAACAGUACGCGGACAUUGUGCGGAGCAAACUCAGCGCCGUUCCCUCCAUCGCUUCUUCCCAUUUCCCUCGCAACUAGGUCUCGGUGAAACAGAAGCCAGCUGAUUUCCAGACUUGUAAAGAAUCAAGAAAGGCUGUGUUGUUUCAAGAGACAAAACCUGCAGCGCACAAAGGGACAUAAACAUACGACUUUCAAUUAUAUGUGGUGGAUGUGGACACCUGUAGAUGAAUGAUCAUUUCAGCCAUGAUGGCCGACCAGCCUCCACCAUUGGAAUCAACCCCUAUAUUGAAUGAUGUGCCACUUCUACCUCACAUGGUGAAUGGGGAUAGCACACAACAGCCUCUUUAUUUGCAGGUUAUACUGGUACAAGUGAACCCAGGGGAAACCUUUACAAUACGCACAGAAGAUGGGCAUUUCCGAUGUAUUCCAGGCCCAGCACAUGUUCCUAUGAUGUCACCAAAUGGCUCAAUGCCGCCUAUCUUUAUGCCACCUGGUUAUGUAUCUCAGGUUGUGGAAGAAAAUGGAAUGCGCAAAGUCUUGGUCUUACCACAUUCAGCAGAGUUUCAUCCAUCAAUGCAUCCACAUCCUCACGUGGCACACUAUAUGCACCAUCCUCACGCUCUGCUCCCUCACCCUCCACAUCCUGUUUACCCCCCAGUGUCUGCAACAGGAGAGAUACCACCCCAGUUUAUCCACCAACACCCUCCUCCCCCGCCACACAUAUUCCAGGAUCAAGAUGCACGUUCCCACACAAGGCAAAGUUUUAUACAGAGAGAUGAACGAACCAUGAAAAUGCAGGAGCAGCUUCGGAAAAGAUUAAAAGACCGACAAAUUAGUGGGCAUAGUAAUAAUAAGCUAAACAGUCCGCCUCCCUCCCCACACAAAGCACACAUUGCUGCCAAUGCACAAAUACAGAAUGGAUACUCCAAACCACAGCAUCUGUCAGCAGGAGCCAUAAAACUGAAGCAAACGGCAAAGACUAGAGGCAGUCCACCUUCUGAUCCGGAAACUCUCGAUGGAGAAAUGGAACCUAAAAAGUUACAGGAUAUGGUCCAUGCCAUGAAUAAACCUGCUGUUUCUGGUUUAGAAGCUCGUUCGGCCAUCUUAUGUUAUAGUGUUCACACAAGUACACAAAAUCGUGAUAGCCCAUCUAAUCUUUCACCGGCUGCAAUAAUUUAUGAGGUGACCAUAUCCAACAGUGGCAAGAAUGGAAAAUUCAAACUUGUCUACUUAGGUGAAGCUGCAACCUGCACCCUGACGGACCUUCGGCCAGCAACAGACUACCAUGUUAGAGUAUCUGCCACAAGUCCACCUCUAGAAGGCUCCAUUUCGGAUAUUGUCAGUUUUACUACCGAAAGCUGUGAACCAGAUACACCUGCUCCUCCUAAACUCUCAAACCGAAGUAGAAACUGUUUGAAUCUUCAGUGGAAGGCUUCGAAUGACAACGGUUCAAAGAUCAAUGGAUUUCUGCUGGAAUGGGAUGAGGGAAAACAGGGACCAUUUAAAGAGUGCUACUUUGGACACCUUAAACAGUACCGGUUAACAAAGCUGUCUCCUUCCACAAAAUAUGCCUUUCGAAUAGCGGCCAAAAAUGAUAUAGGAAUGAGUGGCUUCAGUGAGACAGUGAUCUAUUGCACAGCAGGCUGUGCUCCACCAGCACCACUGCCACCAAAGCUCCUUCAUUCUGGCAUCACCUGGCUAUCAUUAAGCUGGAGUCCGCCCAGUGAUACAUCUGUGGAUGAUAGCCUGGCAUUCAUAUUAGAAAUGGAAGAAGAAGGUUCAGGGUAUGGUUUUAAGCCAAGACACAAUGGUGAAGAAUUCUCAUGCACUUUAAAAAACCUGAGAAGGAAUACGUCUUACAAGUUUAGGGUUUUUGCAGUUAACAAUGAAGGCAAAAGUAAUCCUAGUGAUAUUGUCGAAUUCACAACUUCACCUGACAAACCCGGCCCUCCUAGCAAACCAAGUAUAAAGGGAAAAAUUCAUGCGCACAGUAUAAAAGUCACUUGGGAUAGUCCUAAAGAUAACGGAGGAUCCGAUGUGACCAAAUAUUUCCUUGAAAUCUCGGAAACACCAAACGGAAGCAAAUGGGAAGUGAUAUAUAGUGGGUCUUCUACAGAACACGUGUGUGAUCAUCUGAAACCUGGCACAUGCUAUAAAUUAAGAGUAUACUGCAUGAAUAUCAUGGGCUCUAGUCCAGCUUCGGAUAUAUCAACGGUCCAGACGUCUAUUGUACCUCCAGGUCUUUGCCAGCCCGUACAACUGUGUGGGAAAGCCAAACCUAAGGAACUGAGUCUGCAGUGGACUCCUCCUUCUUCAGACGGUGGCUCAGCAGUGACAACUUACACUGUUGAGAUGGAAAAAUCUGAACAAGAAGAUCGUGCCGCAGUGUACCAGGGCCCAGAGCUUGAAUGCACAGUAAGCGACCUCCUGCCAGGACAGUCCUAUUGCUUUUGGAUCAAAGCCACAAAUAAAGCAGGGUGUGGACCUUAUUCACCUAAAUCAGAAUUUUGCACAGCUCCAGGUCCUCCUGAUAGAUGCAAAAUGCCAAUGCUGAUUUGUAAGACUGCAAACUGUGUCCUAGCCAGCUGGGAGAUCCCUAUGUGUAAUGGUGCAGAUGUAACAGAAUACAGGCUAGAAUGGGGGAGAAUAGAAGGUUGUAUGCAAAUAAUUUACAGUGGCGCGUGUCCCAGUUAUGAAAUCAAAGGAUUGACACCUGCUACCACUUAUUACUGCAGAGUUCAGGCUAAUAACAUAGCUGGUGCUGGACUGUUUGGUGACACAGCCAUGAUUACAACUCCAGCAUCUGUACCUGCUGCCGUUCCAUUUGUGCAAGUAGUAGAUGAAGAACUAUUAGAAGCCUCACUUCCCUCACCAUCCGAGUGCCUUGCUAUCCAGUGGAAAGAGCCAUGUUGCAAUGGGUCAGAGAUCACUGGGUACAACGUAGAAUAUGGGGAGAAGCAGCAACUAACUGUUGACUGUGUUACUAGUUGUAUUCUGCAAAAUCUGGUCCCUGAUCGGACCUACAGAAUAAGAAUUCAGGCCAUAAACAGCUUGGGUGCUGGACCAUUCAGCACUUCUAUCAAGGCCAAAACCAAGCCUCCACCUCCAAACCCUCCCCAUCUGGAAUGUGUGGUCUUCAGUCACCAGAGCCUUAAGUUGAAAUGGGGUGAUGGUUCGAGUAAAGCAUUAGCAUCUGAGACCUCCCAAUUCAAUUUACAAAUGGAGGAUAAGUCCAGCAGGUUUUUUACAAUCUACAAUGGGCCCUGCCAUACGUACAAGAUGCAGAGGUUAAAUGAGUCCACUACAUACAACUUCAGGAUCCAGGCAUUUAAUGAUGCAGGGGAAGGGCCUUUCUCUCAAGUUUACAGUUUUGCUACAACCAAAUCUCCGCCAGCGGCAUUAAGAGCACCCAAAGUGCAGCAGAUUGAAAGUCAUUCAUGUGAAGUUACUUGGGAGCCUUUGCAGCCCAUGAGAGGAGAUGCCAUUGUUUACACGCUUCAACUUACCAGCGGGAGAGAUGUUGAACAGGUUUACAAAGGACCCGACACCUCGUUCAGUUUUACAAACUUUCAAACAAACUGUGAAUACCGGUUUCGAGUUUGCGCUGGUCGGCAGUACCACGAUCUUGCUGGGUUGCAGGAGUUGUAUGGACCUUACAGUCCAAGCACCACAUUCUCAUCUCAAAAACAAGAAUUGGUUCUUAAUUGUGCCAACGCUACGACAGAAACCACAAAGACCAAGAGGAAGCCUUUAAGCGAUGAGCAGUUUGCGGUGCUACUCCUUCUGGUUUUUGCCAUUGUGGCUUUCCUGUUUGCUGUUGUUAUUCAGUACUUUGUAAUCAAAUAGCCACACUCCGUGCAACUAUUCUCCCCUUCCCUUAUAUUUAUGUUUUAAUGCCUUGAGCGCCACAGAGAUUUCCAGCAACAUUGCAUUGCAAACCUCUCUGGAGCCCAAGGGAUUAAUGAUUCUUAUUAAACUUAUUGAUGGAAAUGAUUGUAUUAUAUAUAAGUGCAUUUCCAUUUGUGCUGCUUACUCAUUGAGAGGCAGGAUUAGCAUAAUCCUCCCUACACUUGGAACAUAAAGCAUCAUGAAACUCUUAGAAAGGGAAUCCAGUCCUGCCUCUAGGGCCAUGGUGUAAUAUGCCUUAAUACACUUUGCCAAGGUGUUGCUGUUCGUUUAUUUGGAACAUUUGCUUUUAAAGCAUGCCCUUUUUAAAUGUUCAGCCUUUGUAUUAGUGGUAGCUAAUAAAAGAAACCAUUUUGUUAAACAUAAAAGUAUUAGCGUCCAUUCUCAUACUGAACUUGGGUUUUUAAAAAGAUGAAAGGUUUUGUUAGUGAAAGAUGAAACAGAUCUCAGACAAGUAGGCAAGCUUGCACAGAACUUAACAAGCUAGAGCUGUUAUCUCUGGCCUUUAUGAUGUAUAUUGUAACUGGAACAGCCAAUUGUAAAUCAUCUUGGUGGUUUUAACUAGAUGAUCUUUACAUCUAAGUGAAAUUGUCAAGUACUGAUUAAGUCCAUAGCACCUUAUUUAAUUCAACAUGUACCGUAUAUCUCCCCUUGUAUAAUAAUAAGUAACGUUCAGUGCUGAUACACGAGUUCAUUUAUUUUUUUAGGGGAAAAAAAAGUAUAUGUUGAAGCUCUCAGAAAUAAAGUAGAGAUAAUAAGCGAAGCAUAGCUUUUAUCAUAUGCAAUUAGUAUUGUAUAUACAUGUGUUGAAAUGUGCCUUGUUUAAGAACAGUAUGUAUAAUAGCUGUGUUAUAUACACAUACAGAGGAACAACAAGGUUAGUUACACGACUUUUCUCAUAAAUGUGUUUUAUUUAAUAAGUGCUUGAUUUAUGUAUUUACUUGACCCCAAUCGAAGCAUUUAUGGAAUAAACCACAUUUCUUUCCAAAACCAUGGCAUCCUUAACUUGCAAAUGAAUACCUGUGAUCAAAACGUGCCAGCCAGGGAGAGGUGGGUGCUUCUGGCUUUUUCUAAGUGUGUAGACUGAGCACGCUGGAUUUAAGUAGAUACAAUCUUAUGAUCUUCUCUAGACCAGCCAACCAGAUUUAAAACCCAAUUACUGAAUAAAGUAACUGGGCAACUGAUUUAAACAGAUUUCUAAUCCAAGUUACACCUCUAUGGUACAAUCACAUUCAAGCAGAGCCAUUCUUUUUACCAGUCCUUUCCACAGAAACAUGAGACGAUAGUAUAUAUUUUUUAACCCGUCAGUCGGGAAGUUCAGUCAUGUGAUUGAAGCCAAUUAUACAUCUCUAGUGGAGCGGAGAAGAAAAGUGGAUUUAAAUUAAAGUUUGGUGCUACUGCCAAAAUCAGCAUACAAUUAAAAGUAUUGCAUGGGCCUUAGGGCAGAGACACGCUCAGAUCCGGGGAGAUUAGUCGUCCGGCGACAAAUCUUCUCUUCUUCGGGGCAACUUAUCUUUCUGAACUGCCUCCUGCUGGCUAGAAUGUGAAACGUCGGUGGGAUGGUAAUCGGUGCACUUCGUUUUUUGAAGUCGCCUCACGAGAAAAUUUGCAUUCAUACCCGGCGGGAGGCAGUUCGGGGAGAUUAGUCGCCCCGAAGAAGAGGAGAUUUGUCGCUGGGCAACUAAUCCCCCGAAUCUGAGCAUGCUCCCUGCCACCUCUGGAAGAAGCGUUGCCUACAUUUAUAGGCAUUAUCUAAAGCCUUUCAUUGACGUACGUCAACUUUCCACAAAAUGAUAAUACUACCAUUGCAGGACAGCGCCUUAUGACCCAUACUGUGUAUCAGAAUUUAGUUUUUUUUGUAUAUAUUUAUAUAUACCAUGACCUACUUUGCAUUUCAAUUACAAAAAAGUACUGUGCUUCUCAAGAAUACAUUGCAGCACUUUCUGUACAAGCACAGGUUUGUCUUUACGGAGGGAAAAAAAAAAAGUGCAUUUAUUAUAAAUGUUACACUAUUUGGCUCAAACUGAGCAAGUAUAUGUUUUUAUAAUGUCUGUAAUCUAAGUAAUAAAGAAGACGCACGAUUUUUUUUAAGAGAUGCCCAGAUUAUGUAUUAUCUACUAACCUAAAUAUUUUUACGUAUAAAAUGUUUUUGUAAGAAAAUUAUCAUGCUGAUAAUAUAUAUAAAUAUAUAAAUAUACAUUCCAUCACUUUAUAUUUAAGAUUUGUUUUAGAGCUCACAAUAUUUCAUUGGUAUUAAAUAUUUUCUUUCCGUCAGUGUGGAUUACGAUCCAGGAAUGUUGGUAUAUUUGAAAGCUGGAAUGUACCAAUAGGUCUGGCCUUAGAAUAAAAGCAUUGCCGUCAACGUUAUCCAAGAAUUCAAACAAUAACCGACACCCCUACUAUCAAAGUUAACAUGGCAUGUAAAAUGAAUGUCAGCCAUGUCCUGUUAAUCACUGACCAUUCGUUUCACGGUUGAAAUAUUCCAGUUCAUACAAAUCAUGCAGAAUUCUGCAUUUAUAUGUAGAAAGUAGUCCCUUUUUUUUAUACAUAGUGGAUAUUAUUUGUAUUGCUCUGUUCCAUGCCAAUCACCUAUGAGUAUUUCUGCAUAUCAUUUCAUUUAUGAAUAUUUUAUCAUAACAUAUACUGCCACUUUCUUUCCUUACAGUAGAUGUAUGGUGCAAUCUAAAAUGUUACUCUCACAAGUGUACUCUGAAUGGUAUUCUAUUUAUUUUGAUUAAGGUUGAAUGUAAUUGUUUUACUCGUAGCAAAUCUCUGUUAGUGAAAUAAUUUGCAUUAUUUUUAACCGUAUUCCUGACCAAGAGACCAUCCCCAUAUUAGUGCAAUACACUAUGGGUCCCUCUGGCAAGGAAUGGUUUUGUGUCUUUAUAUUUGUUUGUACGUCAUUACCUACAUUUCUAUACACAUGAUGUUGUCUUUCGGCCGCAGACAUGUUUACAUUUUAAUCUUUCUAUUUUAAUAUAUAUUUUUAUGUAAGGAACACCAGUGCUAGUUUGCAUGUUGAUUCAUAUCAAACCGCACGUGUGACCAUUCAUAUGUUUAUUGCUAGAGCAUUCUAUAACUCAGAAAGUUGUACUGUAUUUUUUAUUUUAAUUGUCUUGUCAAAAUAUGAUGUAACCCAUGUUUGAGGUGGCCUUGUGCCCUGAAAUGACCAGGCAGUUUUUACUUCCCCCCCCCCCCCUCCAUUGCUGCCUGAAUAUAGGAGUAUCUGUUGGCUUUUCAGAUGAUAGUCUGCAGUCUCCCUGCAAUUGGUUGGUUUAGGUAUUUUGUUGAGGCAUUGGCUGAUACGGAAGUGAUACGGAAGACUGCAUAUCUGCUUGUUUGACCCAUCUGCCAUGGGUUAGGAUAGGACUUCAUGAACGUUUUCGGCGCAAUCCGACGUGCUGCAAAAAAAACUCAUGUAACAAAUCGCAUGCAACGGAAAUAAGGUAAGAGAUAGAAAUGUCGGAUGAAGUCGCAGCGUUGAUCCAACACGACUGUCUGAUGCAGAUGCUGCAUCUGACAGUCGUGUCACGUUGGAUCAACGCUGCGACUUCAUCCAACAUUUCUAUCUCUUACCUUAUUUCCGUCGCAUGCGAUUUGCUGCAACGCGUCGGAUUGCGCCGAAAACGUCCGUGUAGUCCUACCCUUACUGUUAUAGGGGCAUCAGUGUAGGUUUAACAAGAUACAGUUCUGCAGUGCAUGAAGCAUGCUGAUUUUCCUCUGCCUGGUAAAGCCUGUGUAAGUCAAUGGUUGACUCAAACUAUUUUGAGUAGUUCAUAUCAUUUGGCAAUUUCCGACUUGUUUGAAAGAUCAUCUGUCCAUGUGUUGGGGGGCCUUGAGCAUGCAUGUUAAAUAAUCUCAGUCUGGUAGAGUUGAUUAUUCAGAAUGUAAAACUAGGUUAGCGGGUUGCCACCAUAGCCACAUCUGCUAGAUUCAUUCGCUCAAACAGAACAGGGUUAAGCUUCAAUUAGCUGUGCAAAAUAUCCUUUUUUUUUUGGAAAUACAGAGAAAAAAUGCCCAGUUGUAUCCAGCUUUGGCAGGGAAUAUAUUAACAAAUAUAUGUGUGAAUGUUCCAUUGGUCUGUUUCAUAUGGGAGCAAUAUGCAAUUAAUCAUUAGCUUCUGCUUAAUGCCGCCUUUGUAGUUUUUCACUUGUUAAACGCUACUACCCCAGAAUCUACAUCCAGCCAACAACUGGCCUAGAAUUCUGGGAAUUAAUAGUUCAGGAUCUAGAAGGCCAUGAUUUUUAGACUGCCAACACCCUAAAGCUGGCCAUAGACGCAAAAGA